AUGUCGCAUUCGCCUGUUUCCGGUUACGUCCCCACCGCCGUGGUGUCCGAUCUUUACGUGACCUCCGUGUCCGACCCUUCGAUGCGCAUUUACGUUCAGAAGUCCAAGGAUAGCGCUUCCAAGCGUUCUGUCGGGGAUCAUGAUCUGCCUGAAGAGGCCCUGCGUAGGGUAUCGGAAGAGAUGGAGAAAAGCAAGGCUUACUCGCGCCAACAAGGGAAGGUGCCUAGCAAGGAGAAAGCCGAGGGUAGAGAAGGGAAAGGCACCAGUGGGACUGUACUUGUUGAUAAGGCAGUGUUCCAAGGUGAUCAAGCGUACAUUUCAUCCUGUUCGUCAGAUGACGGUGUCACCACGCCUGCCCGUUCAACGUUCAGCGACGGAGCGAAAGAAUCUACAACCACGUCUCCGUUCAGCCGCACGAGCACAGUCGAAGGUAUAGCUGCCCAGCUCGAAGUAUCUACGCAGAAGAAUGGCGCGAAAACGAGCUGCGUCAAACAGGAUAUGCAACAGGCGGAAAUUUUGGCAUGCCACGCUGAGCGACUUCGACGCCUGGAGACACAUUCGCUGAGCCAUCGGAUGGCAACGGACGGUGCCAACGUUAAUGGUAAGGAGCGAAACAUCCUUUUGGAGUUUUCUAUGAAGACGAUCAUUGAGACGCUAGAGGCGACUGUCUCAGGAUUGAGCAAAAGGUUCGAAAAGCUUGAGUCAAAGGGGUUUGAGCAUCAAAUCAAAACGACUCGAUCCGACUUAGCAGCCGAAAUUGCCUCGCUCAGGAAGAAAUUAGCAGCGUUGCAAGCUCCGAACAAAACCCCCAAAGAUCAGCAUGCGCAGUUGAGUGCGGGAAUGAAGAAGGUGGAGAAGGAGACGCGUGAUCUGAAGAAGAAGAUACACGAGUUCAACAAGAAGGUUACAUAG